CUCAGUGUCCGUUCUGGUAACACUCAGGUCGGUCCGUGCCAGUCCUAUACGUAUUCAGUUGUUCUAGAAAUGGCGUCGCGUGCGUGCUCACCCGAACGUGAGUCGCUAAUAAAACGACGUAAAUUUGACAUUAGUGAAAAAGUAAGAGAUCGGUGUGAAAAUUCAUCUUUCGUCAAUUAUUGUGGAGUUUGUGAUGGCAGUCAUGAUCAGUGCAAAGGCGAAUCGGAGUUCAACUGUGACUCUGGUUUUACUGAUGUCCCUCACAUGCGAGAUUCCGCAGAGUUCAUUCAGUCUUCAGACAAUCACAGCUAUUCAGGAGAAGAUAAUUCCGACGAUGCCUCCAGUGACAACUCAAACUUAUCCAAUAUAUCUGGUAUGAACUGGAAACCCAUGGCUGGAUCCCUGAACUGGAUACAAAAAAAGAUGAUAACUGGAGCAAAUCCUAGAGAUGUCUUGAAUCAAUUGUCGCUAACUACUGAUAAAGAUUUGUCUAAUAUUGACGACAUGAGUCUUUGGCGAAUAUUGAUCAACAUGUUCUCGGAACCUCCUAGGAGGGAGAAGUUGAGCAAAGUAAACACACUGGAAGACGUUAUCGGACUUCUCAAAUCAUCCAAAAAUAUAAUUGUCUUGACAGGUGCUGGUGUAUCAGUAUCCUGUGGUAUUCCCGAUUUUCGUUCCCGCGAUGGAAUCUAUGCCAGAUUAGCUGUUGAUUUUCCAAAUCUUCCAGAUCCACAUUCCAUGUUUGAUAUAAAUUACUUCUUUAAAGAUCCCAGACCAUUUUAUAAAUUUGCCAGAGAAAUUUAUCCAGGACAAUUUAAACCUUCACCAUGUCACCGCUUCAUCAAACUUUUAGAAAAGCACAAUAAACUUCUUAGAAACUAUACACAAAACAUAGAUACUUUAGAACAAAUAGCAGGGAUAAAAAAUGUCAUUGAAUGCCAUGGAUCAUUUGCUACUGCCAGUUGCACACGUUGUAAAACAAAAGUUACAGCAGAUGAUAUAAGGGAAGAUAUAUUUAAACAAAGAAUUCCAUUCUGCAAAUUAUGCCAGUUUUCUGACACAAUGACCACGGAUGAUAAUCUUGAUGAUCCAUCACAUUCAGGAAUAACAGAAAAAGGUAUCAUGAAACCUGACAUAGUAUUCUUUGGUGAAGGCGAAUCGGAGUUCAACUGUGACUCUGGUUUUACUGAUGUCCCUCACAUGCGAGAUUCUGCAGAGUUCAUUCAGUCUUCAGACAAUCACAGCUAUUCAGGAGAAGAUAAUUCCGACGAUGCCUCCAGUGACAACUCAAACUUAUCCAAUAUAUCUGGUAUGAACUGGAAACCCAUGGCUGGAUCCCUAAACUGGAUACAAAAAAAGAUGAUAACUGGAGCAAAUCCUAGAGAUGUCUUGAAUCAAUUGUCGCUAACUACUGAUAAAGAUUUGUCUAAUAUUGACGACAUGAGUCUUUGGCGAAUAUUGAUCAACAUGUUCUCGGAACCUCCUAGGAGGGAGAAGUUGAGCAAAGUAAACACACUGGAAGACGUUAUCGGACUUCUCAAAUCAUCCAAAAAUAUAAUUGUCUUGACAGGUGCUGGUGUAUCAGUAUCCUGUGGUAUUCCCGAUUUUCGUUCCCGCGAUGGAAUCUAUGCCAGAUUAGCUGUUGAUUUUCCAAAUCUUCCAGAUCCACAUUCCAUGUUUGAUAUAAAUUACUUCUUCAAAGAUCCCAGACCAUUUUAUAAAUUUGCCAGAGAAAUUUAUCCAGGACAAUUUAAACCUUCACCAUGUCACCGCUUCAUCAAACUUUUAGAAAAGCACAAUAAACUUCUUAGAAACUAUACACAAAACAUAGAUACUUUAGAACAAAUAGCAGGGAUAAAAAAUGUCAUUGAAUGCCAUGGAUCAUUUGCUACUGCCAGUUGCACACGUUGUAAAACAAAAGUUACAGCAGAUGAUAUAAGGGAAGAUAUAUUCAAACAAAGAAUUCCAUUCUGCAAAUUAUGCCAGUUUUCUGACACAAUGACCACGGAUGAUAAUCUUGAUGAUCCAUCACAUUCAGGAAUAACAGAAAAAGGUAUCAUGAAACCUGACAUAGUAUUCUUUGGUGAAGGUUUACCAGAAGCUUUUCAUAAUGGAAUGGUUGAAGAUAAAGCUAAAUGUGAUCUACUAAUUGUUAUUGGUACAUCUUUGAAAGUUAGACCGGUUGGCUUGAUUCCAAAUUCGAUACCUGAAGAUGUUCCACAGAUACUUAUAAACAGGGAACCAUUGGAUCAUCUCGAUUUUGAUGUUGAGCUUUUGGGAGAUUCAGAUGUCAUUAUUAAUCAAAUAUGCUCCAUGAUGGGCGACGAUUGGAAAGAAGUGUGUUGGCUUCCCGAGCCAUUGCAACAAACAAAAAAAUUAUUGCCCUCAGAAGCAAAGUGGCAGCCAAAUUCACCAAAUUCAAUCAACCAGCCAUCCACCAGCAAAGCGAGUGAAACCUUAGAUCAAUCCAGUGAUGAGUGCAGUCCAUUCCGAAGAGGUCUGGAAAUAUGUUCCAUGGAUUCCUCAUAUCUGAGUGAAAAUAAUCCAACAUCUAAUGAUAACCAAAUCGUACCUGAUAACAAAAAUACUGAUGAAUCGUGCAAGGAGCGACACAUGUCUAUAGAUUCAGCAGGAGACAGCGGAAUCGGAGACGGAUCAAAUUCAAUUGACAGUUCAUCCAUCAAUUCGAGAUUAUUAUUAGAGGACACAAGCAGAAAGCAGAAGGCUACAUACAAAUUGAAAUGCAUUGCCGAUUUGUUACCACCACAAACAUAUUUCUUAGAGCCGCCGAGUAGAUAUAUCUUUCCGGGGGCUGAAGUUUGUUUAGACGAGUGGGAUAAUAGUGAUUUGGAACAAUCAUCUAGUGAUGACUCCGGUUCGGAGUCAGAUGAGGGAGAAAACAACAGCAACAUGGAAUUCUGUUCAAGUUCACAAGUCAUAAGAAAUAUCUGCGAUGAUAGUAUGUCGAGCGGUUCAGAUUAUGAAGCACCUCCCAUUAAACGUAUAAAAAGAAAUUAUCUUAGUUAAAUAUUUAGUUUUAAUUAAAUCAUAAAAAGGGUUAUGUUUUUUUGCUGAAGGCAAAUUUCAUUUCAGUGCGUAUUUGGAUAUACCAUUAGAAUUUGAAUGAGUAUUGGAAUAAGUGACCAGAAAUAUAUUUUUUGGGAUUCUGCUGAACUAGUGUAAGUAAAGAGAAACUUUUUUAGUUAAAAGUUUUAACAAUGAGUACAACCUUAUUAAUAAGUACAUGUAAUAGAGUAUUUUAUAACUGGAAACCCAUGGAUGAAUGAUUUGAAUUUGUGUAUGUGAAAUUGGCGAGAUUUAUAGUAUUUUUUCAAAAUUAUAUGAUUAGGGGGUUUCUAAACAAAAUCAAAAAAAAUUAUUAUUGUUGAUCUUAUUUUAAAUGUUUUGGAUAUAUAUACAUAUAUAUGAUGAUGAAUGAGCUGUAUGAAAAUGAUGUAGUUAUCGAAAUUAAUAAUUUUUAUUAAAUAGCAUUAAAAAAUAAUAAAUACCAUUAAAAAUUUGCUAUGAAAGAAUUUUUUAAUUAGUUUUUGAUUAUUUUCCAAGUUAUCAUAUUCAAUCUUUAGUAGUACUUGCUUAGCAGCGGAAUUGAAUAAACUUGAAUAUAAUUCAAUGCUCAAUUAAUCUACACACUCUGAUAAACUUUGAAUAUAAACUUAAAAAACUAAAAUAAUUUAAAUGUAAACACAGCCAUAGUAUAGAAACUAUGAUACACUAUUUUCACAAGUGGA